CUUUUUGGUCCGAGGUAUAAAGGCGUCGCUACUGUCGUUCCUUCGUCCAUUCAUUCUGAUUCAGUCGGCCGCCAACCUUGCAGCGGGUAGGUUGUCCGAGUUGGACCGCAGGCUACCUAUCUCCCCACCGUGGCGCUCUCUCUGUUGCGGUCGCUUGUAAGACGUGUACCGUCGAGUUUGUGGGCGACGAUGACGACCGACAUCAACAAGGAGGAACUUCGGAAGCGACUGACCCCUUUACAGUGGCACGUGACACAGGAGAAGGGCACCGAGAGACCAUUCUCCGGCUGUUACAAUAAGUUCUACGAAAAGGGCACGUAUACCUGCCUUGUUUGCAACCAGGAAUUAUUUUCCUCGGAGACGAAAUACGACAGCGGUUGUGGUUGGCCCGCGUUCAAUGAAGUUUUGGACCAAGGCCGAGUCAAGCUCACCAAAGACACUUCCAAUGUCGGCGGAAACCUACUACUGCUCAUCGCGAAUCCAGAUAUGGUACGGACCGAGGUGACCUGCUCCCAGUGCGGAGCCCACCUUGGACACGUCUUCAACGACGGACCCAAGCCCACCAGGAAGCGGUUCUGCAUCAACUCGGCGUCCAUCGCCUUCCAUCCGGCCGGGGAAGAGAAGCCGCAGUGUUGAGGAGCCCUGGACGAUCCAUCCGGGAUUUAUGGACGAUCCAUGGAUCCUUUAUGGACCCUUUAUGGACGAUUUAUGACGCCGCUAAUCCGAGGACCCAGAAGCCUUGAAGAACCUCCAAGUAUUCCACGGGUCCCUUCGACUCCGCCCUGAGAAAGAAACAAGUCUUAAUCGAGCCAAAGGAACGUCUCCUUUAAUUAUACCAAAGAGACAUGUCUCUUGUUAACGCAUUCGCAUCGGGCUAUUGUUUAAACGCUGAUCAAUUAAGGGCGAGAAUUUUCCCUUCCCGAGGGUGAAUGCGUUAAGGUGAAGUGAAACACCCUUCAAAUCGAUUCGAAUACAACACUUUUUUUGUAAGGGUAUUAGACCAAACUGUCCGAAACUUUGACUCAGGACAGACCAGAAACAAAAUGGCGUCGA